AUGGAUGCUGAUGAUAUUCAUAUAUUGAAUAAUCAAGCAAUAUCAAAAACGUACAGAGAAUUUCGGCCAAGCAAGGAAUUGGCAAUUGGCCAAAUUUUCCGUACACACAAAGCUUGGAAUUUAGUCGGGGGUGGUGCUGGUAUCUACGACGUUCUGGUGGUGUCGCUUGAUUAUCGUUGGAGUGAUGGAUUUGGCGCAUUAUCUCCUUUACAUACAAGGCGUGGACCCUUGAAUGACUUGGUGACGCCAACGCCUGAUUUUGCCGGAUUUGAUUAUUUGCAUGAAUGUCCCAAACUGCUAACUGUAACAAGUGAUGAAGACUGCCAGAAUGUUGCUGUUGCCUUCUCUGACUUGGAUAAAUUGCAAAUAGAGCUGGAGCAAAUAUUGGUACACACGACGGAUCAUCAAAAAAAAAUUUAUGGAGAGAUUACCUUCCUUACUACCGGCGAUUAUCCUUCUGAUGAUAUCUCGAACAGGCUGAUGCCUGUAUAUGAGCUUAAGACUUCGGAACCUGUACCUAGUUGCAGUAAAGAAAUUGAGAGAGAACCAAUAGUGGAAGAUCCAUGCACGGACAGCGAAAUAAAUUGGCUGGAUGAAGGUUUUGAUGUUUGGCCUCCAAUCAAUUUGUCUCAGAAAUUCUGGGUUUUCGCUCGCGAAUAUCUCGAUCCUCUAGAUGAAGAAUACUUGCAGCAGUGGUGGUCAAGUAUUGUUCAGCUUAUUCAUAAUAAUGACAUUUCAAAGUCGCGGUCUCAGUUAUGUCCAGUGACAGCGAAAAAAAGUACUCGUUGUGAGACCACACUGCACGAUCGUAAAACCAGCUCUCUACCGUCUUUUUCGAAAUGGGGUACCCCGACAUCGCUUCACCGGAACAGGUCUUUCAUAUCCAGUAAAAAUAGCUCCUCACACGUCAGGUUGAAGCUGCUUAACAAAGAUUCGUCACCACCUCCGAAUAAAAUAGCAAGAUAUGAAAAAAGAUCGUUAUCACAGUCGUCAGGGAAAACUAUAUCAUUGCUCGAUGAUCUCGUCAGCGCGUAUGUCGGUGGAAAAAAUGGUAGCUUAGAUAAUCAUUACAAUGGCGUGCUUCUUAGAUUGGAAAAAAAUAAUUGUCCUCCUAAAAAAGAUUCGGUUUCAUUGGUUCAGCUUGAGGAUAACGAUUGGAUAAUAAAAAAUGAAAAAGCUAGAAGGGAGGACGUAUUUCGAAUCGCUCAUUCAAAUGGCCUCACGUCUGAAGAGAACGGUGCCGCCAAUUGUGGAGAUACAUUAGAAAUGUUAAAUUAUGCUAUAGCCGAUUACCUCAGUAGAUUUGAUAAAGAACCUGAUGCAAGCAAAUGCAACAGAGUGGUUCAAGAAAUCAUCGGGCCGGGAAAUGUAGAAGAAUUAAUUAGGAAAUGUGGAUCCGGUAAAAAACAUGUUGAGGAUGAAGUAUCUGUAGCCUUCAAGAAAUUACAAGCGGAGCUUACUGAAAAAGAGAUGCCAUGGCGUAGUGUAGUUACUAAAAUUUGGCAUCGCUUGCUCGCGGAAUAUUUGCGAAUGAAGUUAGAACAAGCACUUGACAAAGUAGAUCAAGAAAUGUUUGAAGUAUAUGAUAAAUAUUAUUCGGAAUUUCCAAGACGGCGACCAAUGAACGAACAGGAAAGAGAAGAAUGUCGUUGUGUUUUGCAACGAAGAAGUGAUGUAGCCCAGGCGUACUAUGGCAAUGAGUAUGCUGCUUUAAGCAAAUGGAAACAUAAGGUAGGUUGUGUCAAGGAUCUGAAAUUCGAUAUAUGUCCGAAAAACAAGGGUUUGGAUAAUAAUAGCGAAUAUAAAAUGUGUCUUAUAAAGAACGUCGACUUCUGCAAGUCUAGCGGGAACCACUAUGUUCGAAGGAUACGGUCAUUACUUGGAAUAUUUCGAAUUCAAGCAAAAUGGUCUUGGAAACUUGUAAGGGCUUCUGAAAAUAGAUGUUGUAUUCCAAAUGUUGUAUUGCACAUGUUGUAUCUAUAUCCAGGAUUGUAA